AUGCAUCCAACGAUUCUCAGAGUAUCCGACGAUACCCUCCCUUCUACAGUCAAGCAGUUCAACGCGACCGCCACCUCUUCAGCGAAGACUCCUGUAGGCGUCUUCAUCGGAGGCACCUCUGGCAUCGGGCGCCGUAUGGCCGCUGCCUUCGCCCGCCACAUGGAGGGAAACGCUCGCCUAAUCAUCAUUGGUCGCAACAAGGCUGCCGCCGACGAGCUCAUCGCCUCCCUUCCGUCCCCGGCGAACACGCUCUCCGAGUUCCUCCCCUGCGACUGCAGCCUCAUGCGCAACAUUGACGCCGCGUGCGAGCAGCUCGCGAAGCGCAAUCUGGAGAUCAUCAACUACCUGGUGCUCUCCAUCGGUGCGGUCGAGACGCUCUCGCACGAGAAGACGGCGGAGGGGCUUGACAAGAAUUGA